UUUUGUAUGUUUGUAGAUACAAAGUGAAGUGUGGAAUCAUUAUGGGUGAGAGAAAGGGACAGAACCAUUACUACCCACCUGACUUUGACUAUAAAAAACAUCAUUCGCUUAACGAGUACCAUGGCACACAUGCGCUCAGAGAACGUGCAAGGAAAAUCAAGCAGGGCAUUCUUAUCAUUAGAUUUGAGAUGCCCUAUAACAUCUGGUGUGAAGGAUGUGGUAAUCCAAUUGGCAUGGGAGUCCGCUACAAUGCUGAGAAGUCAAAAAUCGGGAUGUACUACACCACACCGCUCUGGAAAUUUCGCAUGAAGUGCCAUCUUUGCGACCAGCAUUUCGAAAUCAAGACUGAUCCAGCGAAUUGUGACUAUGUCAUCAUCAGUGGAGCGAGAAGAAAGGAGCAACGAUGGGAUCCAACCCAAAAUGAGCAAAUUGUUCCAGAAGAUAAGGAUGACCAGAAGAAAUUUGCAACUGAUGCUAUGUUUAAGCUUGAGCAUGGUGCUGAUGACAAAGGCAAGGCAAAGAGAGCCCAGCCAGUUGUUACAAGGCUGUUGGAGAGACAAGAUGAUCGCUGGAAAGACGACUACAUGGUUAACAAGCUGCUACGUAAAGUUUUUAGGGAUAAAAAGAAGGAAAUAAAGGCCACACAUGAAAAAGACCAGAAGUUAUUGGUAAAGUCAUCACUUGACAUCGAUUUACUUCCCGAGAGCGAAGAGGAUGCGAGAGUUGCCGGGCUUGUAAAAUAUGGAGACUUUAUACCACCUGACAAAAAGCAGCAAGAAACUAGGAGAGCAAUAGUGGAGAGACCUCUGUUCUCGACAGGGCCUUCCAUGGCGACGCAUGUCAUUGAACCAUCUUCAUCUACGGCUAAGCCAUUGACAAACUGGGAGAGCAAGAUGAUGCAUGCGCAAGCAGCGGAUAAACUGAAAACUGCAUUGGCAAAUACGAGGUCACUGAGUCGGGAAGAUCUCGGAAUCGUCCCCAAGAAAAGUUUGAAUAACAUGGAACCUUCAGGAGAGGGUGCUCUUCGGGAACUGAUGCCAGACUUGGAGGCUGCUUCAGGCGAGGGUAGUGCUAACGGUGAUGCAAGUUAUCAGGAAGCUGCAUCAGCUCCUACUGGCGUGCUUUCCUGCUCGUUAGUGUCCAAUGAUUACAAUGACAGUGAUGCAAGUAGUGAUAGUAAUAAUCUUGAUAGUGAGCGAAAUUUACAAUCUACAAUAGAUUAAUGGUGUGUAGAUGUUUGGGAAUACACAUGAUAAUACUGCUUUAAAAUUGAAAAAUAUAUUAGCAAUCAAUCAAUUUAGAUACAUAGAUACACUCAUAAAACUAAAAACCCAAGUGUUUAUAAAUUAGGCAACUGUACAUCAACUGAAUUUAUUUUAAUCACUGGAUGUCAAUAAUGAUGGGCAAAUCAUUUCUAGACACAUUUUUUGUUAAUGUGAUAAAUAAAGUUGUAAAUAUGGUGAGUUACAGGUUGAACAA